AUGAGCGCAGAAGAGGAUAUCAUGAUGAACUUGCCCCUCUACGCUGCAAAGCAGCAGCUCCGCGCUGUGAUUAAGCAGAGGCUGGCCCUGCUCUCCAGCGAGGCGAUAUUGGAUCAGAGUUGCACAAUAUUCCACUCACUACAGGGCUUCAAGCCGUAUCAAGAUGCUCAGAGUGUCAGCAUCUUCCUGUCCAUGCCCGCCGCGGAAGUCCAGACGGAUGCCAUUGUCAAACAUGCGUUGAGCGCUGGCAAGCAGGUCUAUGUACCUUAUCUUCACAAGAACCCAGUUCCAUCGGCAGACACUCCAGCCCGGGUGAUGGAUAUGGUCCGCCUUAGGGAUGUGCCGGACUACGAAUCUCUAAAAAGAGACAAAUGGGGCAUCCCGAGCAUAGAUCCAGGAACUGUCCACGAGAGAAGGAGGAUUCUAGGAGGCCCAGAUGCACACAAGUCCGACCAAGCGACCCUGGACCUCAUCCUGAUGCCCGGCGUUGCCUUUGACAUUGACCCAGAGAACGGAGGUGUCAGGAGGCUUGGGCACGGGAAAGGCUUCUAUGACUACUUCCUCCACCGAUAUGCGUUGAAGGCAUCUUCGUUACAACCACCAGCUUCGCGAAUUCUGCUGUACGGAUUGGGCCUAACAGAGCAGUAUCUUUCAGAGUCCGCAGAUGAGUCGGUUCCCGUUGGACCUUAUGACCAACCACUGGACGGCCUGCUACUUGGAAACGGAGACGUCAAGACCGUACCCCCGCCUGAAGUUGACUGA